AUGCGCAAAGCUAGCAGUAACAAGAAGCGAGCGUCAGUCCGGUUUUGCAAGCUUCUCGUCGAGUCAUCGGUGGUGCUCAUGGCCCAUCAAGACUACUGGCAGUACCGUCUAUCGCGACACGAUGACCCAUUGUUGCUGAAGUCGAUGGUGGACAUGAUUGCUUGUCAGCUUGAAAAUAACGUCAAGCUUAUCGACGACUUGAACCAAGGCAGAUUCCCUUCCGAUUAUGCCGUUAUCCAGGAGAUGAUCACAAAUACCGUGACCAAUACCGCUCCCCGAAACCCUCAAUUACGCAUUAUCCAGUUACUUGUGGUGGCAGCCAUUGUUCUAUUUGUCUUAGGUUACCGUCACUGGUUUGUCUACCUUGCAUUAACCGUGGCAGUGGCAGUAACGACAUACAAUUGGCGGCAACAGCGACACCAGGUUCGCCAAAGAGGUAAAGUUCGGUGCCUCUUACUGGUCGAAUGCGUUGAACAAAACGCUGGUACCCCUGGAGAAGAUAUGGUACACAAGGCGUGGUUAUUACGCCGGCUGCCCCAAUAUAUUCCGUUCCGAUUCCGCACCAUAUACAAGACGACAUUAGCGGAAGCGUUGGCUCCCACCAGCGAAUACUCCAAGUCUAAACAAAAGCUAGAACGAUUCUAUACAUAUUUUUACUAA